GGAGAAACAAUAUCAGAAGUAGAGAGACAACACCCUAUCCCGUACAGAAACCAACCAGAAAACAAGAAAAACCAGCAAUGGAACAAGCAACCAAGACCCAGCAGAAGCCCACGCAAACAGAGACUGAAAACAGAUGGAGCCAAAUGGUAAAAAAAGAGCUGGGCGAGACCUCCACCUCUACUCUGAAUACCCCAGAAGGAAAAGCACAAAACAAAGAAAAGCAAACUGAAGCAACACAAGCACCUAAGAACA